AUGGCUUCCCCUCCCCAGCCCGCGGUAAAUCCUUCCGAGGAGCCCGAAGUCGCAAAUUACCAGAAGCGACUGGAUCACGCCCUGGCGAAUGGCGAGACGGUCUUAUCCAUCCUCGAGGCUCUCACGGAGGGCGUCGUCAUCUGCGAUCCUCUGAAGGGAUCCGUCAAGGUCGCAAGGGAACUCAUCAAGAUGGUACAGAAAGUCCGCAAAAACCGAGAAGACUGCGAAGAGUUGGCCGGCCGUGUAUUCAAGCUCACCGGCACCAUGCUCGGGAUCCUCGACGGUAAACGGGACGAGGACGUGCCUCCAGACCUGAAGAAAUGUCUAGAUUCGGUCCACGAUACAUUGACGAAGAUAAAGAAAGGCCUAGAACCGCUCAAACUGUCGAGGCGAUUCUCACUUAGAGCUUGGUUCCGGGCUCUCCGCAGGAGGGAGUAUAUAGCGGAUACGAUUUCGGGCUAUAACACCAAGAUCGAUAGAUGCCUCCAAGAAUUCACGGUUGUCGUCACCAGCCAGGUCCGCUUAGGGUUGAUGACAUUGAACGCUGCGGUGGGCGUCGUGUACUCUCGAUUGGACGACGUUUACUCGAAAGCGACGGACAUAAGCUUGGGCGUGAAGAAAGUUCACUCUGACAUGAAGGAUCUCCGCUUCAUCAUGACGGAGAUAUACACGGAACUGAUCCGGGUCAAAUCCGUUGGACAGCCCUUGGCUCCACUGGUAGAGGGGAUUUCGAGUGGUGCGAAGGCCGAUGCCUCUGCGGACGUAAGCCUCCAUUUUGUCCCUGCCCCUCCCCGCCUGUAUGGACGAGACACCGUCGUGAAUGACGCAAUCGACCAACUACGCGACGCACAACGGCACCAUAUAGCCAUUUUAGGCACCGGAGGUAUCGGCAAGACCUCCGUAGCGCUUAGCGUGGUCGACGCCGUCAAGGACCAGAGCGACUGCUACUUCAUCCGUUGCGAUACGCUCGUCACUGAAUCAUCUCUUAUCAACGCUGUCCUUCAGGCUGUGGACCGUAGUCCGUCGGUGAACGGGGAUCCCAUGGAACACCUCAAGGCGAAAUUGUCGGCUGCGGGCCGUCCCGUCGUGCUUGUUCUCGAUAACUUCGAGAGUCCCUGGGACUCGGACACUCCCAACAUCAGGCAAAAGCUCACCGAAGUCCUCAGGACAUUAGCGGCGAUCUCGAAAGUCCGGCUCAUCGUGACUAUGCGAGGAGACAUUCCACCCGCCGAUGCGGAUGUUCAGUGGACGCCCAUGCGCCUUGCUCCUUUAGGUCAUAUCCCUGCUCGUGAGCUCUUUCUGUCCAUAAGACCAGAAACACCGCAGAAGGAAUACCGAGACCUCGACCUGCUCCUCGAGAGAUGCGACGGUCUGCCGCUUGCCGUCAAACUUCUCGCCCAGCUCAAGUCAUCGUCAGCAUGCAGCCGUCUACUGCAGCGAUGGGACAAACACAAAAGUACGCUAUUACAGACGGACCACAUAUCUCCAUCCCGCGAGACCAGUCUGCGUGUCUCGAUAUCGAUGUCGCUGCAGUCCGCACCGAUGCGCCUCGUUAAGGAAGCGAUCCCGUUGCUCGCCGUGAUCUGUCGCCUGCCCGACGGUGUCCUUGGUGGAGUCGAGCAGCUCGAGAAGAUGGACCUGGGCUUCGACGACGUCGACGUGGCUUUGGCGACGGUCCUAGGAUCUGGCCUCGCCUUCAAGGCUGAGGACCAGGGAAUCAAGGUGCUUGCUCCCAUCCGCGAGCACGUCAAUAAGCACGAUGUCACCACUUCGCCGCAACCUCUUCUUGCCCCGUGCCAACGCGAAGCACUGCUGCGAUAUUACGUUCAGCUGGUCGAAAAGCACGCCGGUAAGAAACUCGGAGAUGCCGACUUCCAGUCAGCGUACAAAACCCUACUCCCGGAAACGGGUAAUAUUAUCUCCCUGUUCAAGUGGGAGCUCGACCGUCUAAUAGACACGAUGCCGGGUGUCGCGCAAGCAGCAUUCUUGUUCACCCGCUUCCAGUGCCACCUGCGACCCUCGACUGAACUUAUCUCUCAAUUACUUGAUAACUGGGAUCUUUACGCGAUAGGUAUAGCUCGCGCUGAAGGUCUGACCGCCAGGGGGGAGCUCUUGUACAGAACGGACCACUACCAAUUAGCAAUGGAGGACCUUGAGAAUGCUUGUGAAGAGUGCAGUCGUUCCGACAACAGGAAACAGCUAGCAGGAGCUUUGCGUCGACUGGGCAAUAUUCAUCUGAUGUGGGACGCGUACCCCCAGGCGAUAGAGAAGGUCACCCAGGCGCACGAUGUGUACUCCGAGAUCGGAGACCGACGGGGCAUGGCGAAUUGCCUGAAAAGCUUGGGCAACAUCCAUCGCAUGCAGAACGAGUAUCCCCAGGCGAUAGAGAAGCUCACACGGGCCCUCGACGUGUACUCCGAGAUCGGAGACCGACAGGGCGUGGCGGAUUGCCUGGAAAGCUUGGGCGACGUCCAUUGCAUGCAGGACGAGUACCCCCAGGCGAUAGAGAAGCUCACCCGGGCCCUCGACGUGUACUCCGAGAUCGGAGACCGAUUGGGCGUGGCGGGUUGCCUGAAAAGCUUGGGCGAGGUCCAUCGCAUGCAGGACGAGUAUCCCCAGGCGAUAGAGAAGGUCACCCGGGCCCACGACGUGUACUCCGAGAUCGGAGACCGAUUGGGCGUGGCGGGUUGCCUGAAAAGCUUGGGCGAGGUCCAUCGCAUGCAGGCCGAGUACCCCCAGGCGAUAGAGAAGCUCACCCGGGCCCUCGACGUGUACUCCGAGAUCGGAGACCGACUCGGUGUUACGAGAUCUCUGCAGAGCUUAGCUGAUAUUGAUCGUGUCCAAGAGCGGUAUGACCAAGCCGCGGAGAAGCUAGGGCGCGCUCUCGACCAUGCUUCAAGCAUCGGGAAUCGCUACGAGAUGGCUUGGUGUUACAUUUACAUGGGCUUACUCGAUCGCGACCAGCGUCGGUAUGCCGAGGCUGUUGAGCAUAUCACGACCGCUCGGGCAAUGCUCACGGAGAUUGGACAAGAGGGCUACGCGGAUUACUGUUCCCGUCUCCUUCGUGAGAUUCAUGAGCUCAUGAUCUCGCAGGAUGAAGGUGGCGAAGGUUCCGCGAUAGCCUCCGACGCGCGCGAAGCGACGACGAAUUAG